CGCCUCCACCGUCACAGCCACAGCCGCCGCUACCGCCACCGCCAGCGGGAGAGCGUCGGCGCACCCUACCAGCACAACGUAUCGAUGUACUAUACUACAAGGUACAAACUAGCACACGCUACGACCUGGUAAAUGAUUAAACGACCAGAACAGGCAGGGUAGAGCACUAGCCGCCGACCAUCGAACAGGCCAACGCCUGCGUUCUGCUCCUGCCGUCCACCGUCUCUCCACCCCCCACAGGCACGGUCGCCACCGAAGCUACCAUCAUCCCCCGGACGGAAGAGUAACCAGCUGCGCAACCAGUGAGUCAAGCAGGUAAAGUGCACUCUCACAGAGCAACCCUGUGCCAUGAAAGCAGGAGCAGUAGAAACGUCCUCUGCACCAUUCACCAGCUCCAAUCGUGUCGGUCAGAAGCCGCCGUACCAAAUCACUUACUGUUAUACGUACUCCACGCGAAUAGGACGAUACUGGAGCUAGUUGACGAAAGCUGCGUGUCGUCCACGCAUAAAUACGACGUCGUUGAGCGCCAUUGUAACGAGUGUCAAAAGCAACAGGGAAAUGAUCGAGAGGUAAACGCAGAGAAAUUAACGUCGCCGUCGAACGACCCCUGACAUAGGUGCAGCUGCUGUGCCCCACUGAAUUCGCAGACUGUCAACGAGUCACCGAGCGAGGCAUGGCCUUCGUCAGUAACGUCACCGAAUUACCUAGCAGGCCGACCUACUACACAGUUGCUGUUUGAGUGAAACGUCGCUAUUGUAACUAGUUUAAGAAAGGCUGUCGUCCGUAUUACUACAUGCGUGAGUGCCACCACAUGUUCGUGAGAUCAAGCGAAAGGAAGCGCUACAACGGCUACGAGCUCGAUCGAGUCACUGUACCAGUGGUAGUCGUCGUCGACGUUACCGCAAAAUCAGCUAAACGUGGUCUACAGGUAGAGCGAAUAGACUGCAGAAUUCCAGAAUUAUGGAUUAAUCCAUAAUUGAAGCAGCAGCAGCAAGAACGGAACGGGGAACCUUUGGUCGCGCCAUUUGACGACAUACCGUAUGAUGCUGAACACACGACCGCAUCUGAGUUGCUCUGGUAUACUGAUGGUGUUAAUCGGUAGAACUAACAAGGCCGUACAGGGUACAUAGCAAUAAUCAUUGUCUAAAGAAUAGAUUAUAUCAUAUACGGAGGUAGACCUUGCUAAUAAAGUGUAUGUGAAUAGUGACGAUGUAAAGAGUAGCGCAGUGCGACGAGCGUUCGAUGAAAAAGCGAGCAUUCCGCGAACUAACAGAUAGAAGAGUUAAGGGCAGUCUGGAUAACGGAAGUACUACAAGCAAAGAGGUUUAGGCAAAAGCCGAAUUGGUCCCAUGGCGUAUAGGACCAAACGAUUACCACUGAGGUAAAACAAAGCCGGAUCCGGUUUGUUCAGUGUCAAUGAAUUCGGUCACAACGUAUUAAGUAGCGCACCUUGUUAGAUUAUCGCGUCAGCCAGUUACUUAUGCUGGUGUCGUAGGCUGUAGACCGCGCGUGUCCAGCAGUGCUCUCGAGCAGAAAGUAGUUGGUAUCCAGUUCGCGUUUGGGCGCUCAGUGUCUGUAUUAGUGAAAAAACGUCUUCGCCGCUAGUACUGCUGCUAGUCCUACUAGCCCUUUCGUUCGGACGACCAAAAAUUUGUAUUGCGUUGGGCGGCUUCCCACCACUUGCGCCUAUUCUAUUCGCUGUAACAAUCAUAUAUCGAUUAAGGAUACAGCCAUGUAUUGGGCGACAGGAACUCAACAAUGACAUGGCACUAGCCAGCAGGAAUCAACACGGAUCUUUAAUGGACGCCCACCCUGUCAGAUAAAUGGUGGCCGAGCCGUUUCGUAACCAACGGACCCCAUGGAGGUUGCAUAGAAUAGUUGAGGGGGGGAGGGGGGUGGGGUAGCGCACAGUAAAACAGCGUAAGGCGCUCUAGUCGGCCUCAAACCUCAGAUUCGCAACAGCUGUAUUGGCGAGGACGAAGACGGCACGCUACCAACGUGAAAAACCUUGCGGCAAUCAUGUGUCUCAGGCGGCGUAUGUCAUCACUACUGUUUUUUUCCAUUUUCAUAUUUACUGGCCUGGGAAUCUACGGGCUAUUGUUACGGAAAAAGGGUCUCCGCUCCCAAUUCACCGAAAGUUGGACGGUUUAUUGUUUUGUGAUGAGCAUCGUCUGUCUGGUGCUCGCCUACUGCGUUUCCAUCUGUGAUUCUUGGCAGCAAGAAAAUAAACGACGUUCAAGAAAUGCUGCGGGGGAAAAUACUAGCGAGGGUAGCGGUGUUAGCGGGAAUGUACUGCCAGUCCUGCCGAACGGAAGACGGUACGGGCCUUCUGUAGUGAAGAGUGGCCCAUUACCACCGUUAAGCAUUUCGACAUCAUCGCUACACCACCCACCAGCGGGCAUUCAGUCUGCCAGCACUUCCCCGAGAGAGUUUGCCUUCGCCUCGCCCUCACCACGGAGCGCAUCGUCAGCCGGACACUUUGUCUUCCCACCUGGAACGUAUCUACAGGUGUUUCCCACUCAGAGUCAGGUGGUGUCGCCCUCUCGGGGCAGCGGCGGCAGGUACUUCCUGUCGGGUGGGGUCUCUAGCUCCACUCGCUCGAUCGCAUCCGCCCCCGCGGAAGGGCCCCGCUCGCCUCUCGACAACCCGUCUAAUCAUAACAGCAGUGCCCAUCAUAACGGGGACAUAGGUACGGGCAAUGGAGGUAGUGCCAGUCAUCCCAACACUUCAGUAGAACGGACUGGAGGAGGACAUGGGCAGCAACGUUCAGGAAACGCUGGUGCGUUUGCUGGUAGUGGAGUCGGAGGCCGAACUUCACCUCGCGAGCGACCGGUCCUGUUCGUUGUGGUCCCUCGAGGAUCAGCACUUCAAUUGCCAGCCAUGCUGGAUGUGCCUCGCUCGCCCAACUCGCCAUUAGAUCGCCGCUGUGUCAGAAGAUGUUGUAGUUUACCGCGUUCGGGUCAUCGGCGUGCGCGGCGCUUCUACCAAGGCGGCCACGGGGGCGGCGGAAGUGGUUCGCACGGAGGUCCGCAUGUGGGCACCUCAGGCCAGGGUGGUGCCCAUUCCACUCCUCCGCCCUCACCUCGGCAGGUGUGUCUCGUACUGCCCUCUAGUGUGCAUCCCGCACAAAUCGCGGCGUUGCAUUCGCGAUCAUUCCGCCGGCGACGCUCAAACUCGUUCUCGGGACUUGAUGCAGUCCGACACUCACAUAGAAGCAGCGAUCAACUCGAAAUACCAGGGGCGCGAGUGGGUGCGAGCGGAGCUAGUGCGAGUACUGGCGACAUCUCCCUUGAGGACGAUCCGCCAUCAUAUGCAUCACUCUGCGAAGAUCCACCGCCGUAUAGCGAAAUUGUUCGACCGGUUAGUCACACCGCCUCACAAACAUCCGAUCCUGAAAAGGAGGUAGGUCUAUCGGGAGCGCACGACACAGCAACUUUGGGGGCAGUUUCUCGUUCCUCCGAAGACGUUCCCAUAACUUGUGGCACCUCCGCGAUAGCUGAUCACGGCAUUACGGUCACAGUACAGAGAAGUAGUCCUGCUACAACCGAUGGCGAUAUCGAAACGACCAGCGAAAUGCUAGGCGCCAAUUUCAGCAGCUCAUCCACAGGAGUUCCAAUCCCGGACGAAUUGGUAACAACUACAACGAUCGUAGACGGCCUGCAUGAGACCGCAGCGUAAACUGACGAAGUUCACGAAUACGCUACGGUACACGGUAUCAUUUGACCGCCGGCCGUACGCUACCAAAGACUGAUGAAAAACUGGAAAGGAAGUAGAGAAGUAACGUUCAACUAUAAAGAGUCACCGCAUACAACUGAUGACUUCCAUGGGAAAUUAACGACAUUACGGCAUGCCAUUAAUUGCUAUGGGAAACGCGGGACACUGCAAAGAAAUUUCUUAAGGAAAGGAAGCAAGUGCCAUGCAAUCAGCUGUUUAGCUAAAUGCAAUCAGCUAAAUUAGACUUCGCAAAUCCUUCAGGGGUAGUAUGAUAUACGAGGAAACGACAGAAUUCCAGAGGCAACUAUACAUGUAGAGUAAUGGUAGUUGUUAGUAUUAUUAUUGCAGAGAGAGAAAGAGAGGUUGAAUGAAAAAGAGUGAUUGAGUUGAACGUGUAGAAAGCGCAAGACCGAGAGAAAAAGUCGCCAUAUAUAUAUAUACAUACAUAUAUAUAAUUCAAUGCUUGCUUGGAAACUUUUUGACCCUGCGCGGGUAACUGGAUGAUGAACGCCAACGAUGAUCAGAACCACCUGCUAAACAAUCUGGAUCUUUUGCCAGUUUCCGACAUUGAUAGAGAAAGAAGAUCUCACAACUUUGUCCAGGAUCGAACCUUUUUUUGGUCACCCUUUGCCUGUCAGCCGGUGGCAAACGGUCGAAUUUUCUGUUUAGAUGACGUCGAAGACCGUUACCAUGUACAUACAGAUUCAAGUACAGUUGUACAUCAAAAUCAUAUUUACGUACACAUAAUGACAAGACGCGAAUGUGUGCUUUGCAUUACUCCGCCGUUCAGAUCGGUCGAUUUAGAUAUGUAAAGCACAAGUGUGUUAUAUUAAUGUAAACAUUGCACAUGCGAUAAUGAAAUGAGAGAUGAACUUUAUCAACGCGCGUUUGAGGUUUGACUACGCGUUCGCCUGUGUCAUGGGUAGCGAAGGCAGCCAAUGCCGAAAUUAACUAAUAAGUUCGAGCGCGUCUGCUCGAACCGACUAAUUGUUAAAAACUGUCCCAAAUACUAACGAAGAUUCGAACCGAAAAAAAUAAAAUAGCAGAUCAAUAUGAAACAGAAAAAGUAAGGGGUAUCCCUUCCUAAGGAGACAUGCAUCCCCGUUGAAUCCUUUUCUUAAAGCUUUUAGCUUGUUUAGUAUAAGGAUUAAACCAUAUUAGGGAACAUAUAUCAUGAAUCGAAACGUCAGCAGUGUCGACAACGUAGAAAGAAAAGUCAGUUACACUAAAAAAAACAAUAGGCAAAAGUAAAGCUAAUUACAUUUGAUGAUAGUUUCAGAUUUUUCCAAAGAGGCUUUAAAAGAAAAAUUGUGAUCAUGUAUUUACAUUGCUGCUAAUACUGCUGGGGUGGUGGAGUCAUGCUGGUGACGUGACCAAAACAGACGCUCCCCGUUGCGGACCCGGGAUAGGCGUACAAGACAAAGGGGUUGAAGAGGAUCGAUGGGUGAGUUAAAGACGAAGUUCAAGUGAACGCAAGAUAGUCCGCGAAAAGCAUACCAAAGAAUACAAAAGACAGAAAUCAAAAUGGCCAGUAUGAACGCAAACAGAUGAAAGAUGCCAAAGCAGCGGGAGCGAAAAAGGAAGUAGGAAAGGCACUAGAUAGAGUUAUGAAGGACAAAGAAGCGAUUUAAGAAAGAGGGAAACACAUCUUGAAUCUCGAAAUCAUCUGCGUGAUGAAAGCAAAGUACAAAGUUUCCACUCGAUUUGAAGUCUACUAUACUAUUAAUAUACAUAAUAUAACUAUUAAGUUUAUUAUAAUUAUACGGAAUUGUUCAGAAGGAAAACACUGAUGAUUACUGAAACCAUACGAACAUUUACGUAGAUAGAGAUCAACAAGGCUCUUGAUGUAUUUUAUUGGUGAACUAGCGGUAAUUAAAGAAAAAAGACCAAAAGGGUGCAGAGUCAGUUUCAGAGUCAAGAAGUUUGUCUGAUUGUAUCAGGCUUUGCAAGCUAUUAGACAACAUCCCAGCACAUACUCUAGCGCGAUAGUAUAUAUAUAUAUAUAUAUAUAUAUAUAUAUAUAUAUAUAUAUAUAUAGAGAGAGAGAGAGAGAGAGAGAGAGAGAGAGAGAUGUAACAGUGCGAUGAAGAGUGCAGGACGGGAAUAGUUCCGUUAAUUCUAUAUUGACCGCUACCAAGAUGCCAAUCUGCCAUGUAACCGGGCGCAUAAAACCCACGUGAGUGUGUAACGUAAAACCGGGAUUUUUCAUCAAGCAGAAGCAGAAAAAUCUUUUCCGGAACAGUACUACGGACGGAACGAAAAUUCAACAAAUAUCAUAAUCAAUUGAUACGUUAGCCGCAAAAGCAGACCACUGAGCUUCGAGUCACAAACUGCUAAACUCCGUUAAGGACCGUUUACUUUCAGCUAGAAGGUGCCUCUGCAGGCAGGACUCUACGAUGCUUCCGAGACACGGAAGGGACCUGCGCCGCAGAAUGAACACAUCUGCAACCAACCCUAAAAAAAUAGUCCAAUCUGAUUUACUCGAGAGACCGAAAUAUCUGUAGAUACACUAUAGUGUGGUGUAGAAGACGUUGGUUGACGGGAGGACGAUAAAAAACAAUGAACGGCAACAAAACGACAAUCGAAGUUAAGUGAAGGAUAUGGCUAUAUUGUCAAGGUUCACCUUAAAACUAUUUAUUUAGCCAUCCGAUACUACGAAAGAAAGAAAAGUGACUUCAUCAUGAUAAAAGCUUCAUAAAAGUUUUCUUCCUUUAUCUACAGUACUUAGCUAUGCACUAAAACAAAUGUUGUAAUACAUAUUGUUUUUCAGUGACAUUGAUUGCCAAAGAAGUGAACCCUUGGAAAAUAGCAUACAAUUGGGUUACGUAUAGCUUCAACAAAAAACAGUUAUGUCAGAGUCUGCGAGGCCGAGGUCGAGUGCCAAAUAGAUGGAACUUGUCAUCCUUUUUCUUUCUCCUGUUCUUGUAAUCACUGCGUAUUGGUAAGGACUCAUAGGACCAGAUGGAAAUGACGCUAUGAAUUUUAAUCGACGAGCAAAUCCAAGCUAUCGAUUAGCACAGCCGCAAAGAUUACUGACAGUCAAAUAACGGCUUAUGGAGUGCGAAGGUGAAACGACUAUGAAAUUUAAUUGUCAUAGGUGUAUAAAGCUGUUUCCGAACCAUUGAACUAGGUUUUUGUGCUUUUCAGACCCACGUAUAAUACGUAAAACAAUAAUAUGCUAAUUCAAAGAAAUCGCACAUCGUUCGAAGUCACGUCAUCGUUGACCUUUCUACUAUAGAUGACAGACUGCUGAACCUAACGCGGAGAGUAAACAACUGCCAGAUACCAGGCGGUGCAAGGGUUGUCAUUUCUUGCCUGGAAUAGGUUGAAGUGCAUGAACUCAAAGAUUUGACAAUAGGAAUAAUCCAAGUAAGAUAUACGUAAUGAAAGGCGCGGCUGUUCUCAUUAUAUGCACGACGACAUAUGGGAAAAAGCGUGUAGAUGGCCUCCGAUUUAUAUCGUGCAUUAGUUAUUGAAAAGAUAUAUUAUAUAUCACAAUUGUGAUAAAUUGCACACAGAAAGGGAAAGCUAAUUCACUAACUGUUGACUUCAUCGAUCACGCAGGUAACGCGAGGUCUAGGUAGAAUACUUGCUUAAAACUUGCCUGUCUCAAGGGCUGGCGUUCUUUUGUUACUUACAAUUGCUAGCGUAUUGAAGUAGAUUUUCAAACAAGGCUAUGAUGUCAAGGAGCAAGCAACGGGGCGUUGAUUAGGACAAGUGAUUACGUUAGGAUGAACGUUAGCAGCUGGAGACCUUUAAGGGCUUCAUUCGUGCCAUAGCUGACAGUUGACGAUUAUUUUCUACAGGAAUAUGAGCCGAUCACAGUUAAAUGACAGACCGAAAUAUUGUUCUAAUACUGCAAUUUAAAGACAAGUGGUCUACAAACGGUCGUCAACAGUUGUCGCUUUUAAGUAGAACACUUCUAUUCGGCAAAAGGUUAUUCUAUCGCGUGCCGGCUCAAAAUUAUCAUCUCACUAAGAUGAACAGCGCGUGAAGUCCUUGCUUAUCAUUUUGAAUUUGUAUUAACUGUAUGGACAUUUAAAGUGUGCUCCGAAGUCGCUGUGAGGGUGUAGUCAGAGAGACUAUACGUUGUGCCAAGUCACACCAUCUUGCGAAAACAGGGUAUCAUUCUGUAACUAAUUUUUGUCAGAUAUGAAACUAAAUAGUCGCCGUACUGCGCGUGACGAUAGGUAAUAAACGAAACGCUCGAGUUUCUUGCAUUGCGAUUGGCCUAUUGGCUACUAAGGUUGAGUUUAAGGGAAAUUGGACCACGACUGCGGUUGCCUAGCCCUCUACGUGUAACGCUCACACAGGUAUUGGAAGAGUCUGCUAUAUGCAUGUACGUACCGGACGAAGCGUGAAGAUCGGCGAGUGCACACGCAAUACGAUGUCGCAGCUGUUAACAUAUAUUAAACUACUCAACGGAUUCUACAUGAGAAGGACAGGGUGCCCUUGACAGCGGGCAAGUGGAAAACAGUAAGAGAUCCCAAUAACAAAAUACUGUUACUGGUUAAAUUAUCAACAUAAUAGCGACUAAUAUAAUUACAUGUACUAUAGGCAUUAUCAUUACUACUAUGGUAAAAUAAUAUACUAAUACUGUGUAGUAAUUAUAAAAUAUCAACAUUAAAAAAAAUAAAGUUCUAAUCACCGAUUUACUAUUAAGAUCAGUGCGCGUCAUUUUUUUUUCUUUUUUUUACCAAAAAACAGCCAAAAAUAAUUCGAAACGGUUCUUCUAUAAGCAUC